CUUCUGUGAACUGAAAACGGUAAACUACGAUUUUUUACGACCUAAUAAGGCCUUGCAGUUAUUUAUGUAACAAGCGGGAUUUUGGCGAUGUGAACGACUUUACACAUACGAUUGAGUAUGUUAUUGUUGAAAAUGAUGCUAGAAUCGAAGAUGUUGGUGUGAAUCACAACCGCAGUGAAUGCUAGGCUAUUAACAUGAUCAACUCAAUACUGAAAAUCUCUAUCAUUAUUUUCCGACGUAGGCUACUAAUACUUACCAUAGUUGUACUCACCACAUUUGUUUUCGCAACUCAUAAUCCAACUCUCUGAUGCCCACUGAAUGCGCAGCUGCAAGUGACAAUAUAACCUAAAUCUAAAUGCCACAGUAACUGGCCCGUCUUUUAUCCUCUUGUAUUAUUUUGAUGCGUGUGCUUGAACAGAGUAGACCCAUCUGCAAACAUGUUGUUCCGACUGGAUUCAAAGUUGGCCAAGUUUAGUGGUGGAAAAAUCUAUCGCCAGUUAAAGCCUGGAUUCAGCAUGCUGCUGCUGUCUGGGACCAUACUCUCUCUGCUACUGCUGCUCACAGGGAGCCAACAUGGAGGCCAGGCAGGACCCAGGGAGAGGAAGCCCAACUUUAUCAUCAUUCUGGCAGACGACAUAGGCUGGGGGGACCUGGGGGCUAACUUGGAGGGUGUGAGGAAGACCCAAACCCCGAAUCUGGACCUGAUGGCAGAGCAGGGGAUGAGGCUGACAGACUUUCACUCUCCAGCCUCCACCUGCUCCCCAUCCCGCGCCUCCCUGCUCACCGGCCGGCUGGGCCUGCGGAAUGGGGUGACACACAACUUUGCUGUGGGGUCUGUGUCGGGCCUGCCCCUCUCUGAGACCACGCUGGCACAGUUGCUACAGCAGGCAGGCUACCACACUGCCAUGGUGGGGAAGUGGCACCUGGGGCACCGAGGACCCUACCAUCCCACCAACAGAGGCUUUGAUUAUUACUUAGGUAUACCCUACAGUAAUGACAUGGGCUGUACAGACCAGCCUGGAUUUGACCUGCCCCCCUGCCCUCCCUGUGACCCUGGGCCCCAAGUACACAGAGAGACGAGGGCAGCUGCUGGAGGUUGUUACUCCCAGGUGGCCCUACCUCUGUAUGAGAACAGCACCAUCAUAGAGCAGCCUCUGGACCCGUGGAGGCUGACACAGAGCUACACCCAGGCAGCUCUCAGGGUCAUACACACCGCAAGGCAACAAGGACAUCCUUAUCUGCUGUAUGUGGCUCUUGCUCACAUGCACGUCCCCCUGGCCCCCUCCCCCUCGGUCUCCAAUGGGACCGAGGGGGGGGCUUAUGCUGCCAGCCUAAGGGAGAUGGACAGCCUGGUGGGAGCGAUAAAGAACGCGUCCGACUGGACAGACCAAAACAACACACUCAUCUGGUUCACGGGUGAUAAUGGCCCCUGGGAACAGAAGUGCCAGUAUGCAGGAAGUGCAGGGCCUUUCCAGGGGAAAUGGCAGACCAGCAGAGGCGGGGGUUCUGCCAAGCGGACCACUUGGGAGGGGGGUCACAGGGUACCCACCGUGGCCUACUGGCCUGGCAGCAUAGCAGUGAACAGCAUCAGCUCUGCCCUGCUCAGUGGUCUGGAUGUGUUCCCCACCCUCCUGUCCCUGGCGGGGGUGGAGCCUCCGUCUGAUAGACACUACGAUGGUGUGGACGCCUCAGAAGUCCUGCUGCAUGGCGCCCAGACUGGACAUGAGCUGUCUCUGUUGUGUCCCUCUCCCUGCUUGCAGUUCCUCUUUCACCCCAACAGCGGUGCUGCAGGGACGUUUGGGGACCUGCAGGCCGUCAGAGUGGAGAACUACAAAGCCUUCUAUCUCACAGGUGCUGCGGAGGCAUGUGGAGGGAGCACAGGGAAGGCAGAGCUCCACGACCCCCCUCUAAUCUUUGACCUGUUCCGGGACAAAGGGGAGGAGUCACCUUUAGACGAGAGCACAGAGGAGUAUCAGCAUACGCUGGAACGGGUCAGGAAGGGGCGGGAUGACUUGCUGUGGGACAUCGCCACUGACCAAUCCGUAUCCACGGCUGAUUAUACAACGAGACAGUCAGCAGCUCCCUGUUGUGACCCCAGACACACUGCCUGUCGCUGUCAUACAACUGGCUGAGGAGAGAGGGGGGGAGAUGAGGAAAAUAAAUAAUACAUCAAAUAAGGGAGAGAGGAAAGAGAGGACAGGACAGAAAAUAGGGGUUCAGAGAUGUUCUUCUUCUUGCUGAUAGUCAUUGACAUCCACUGAUAUCCACCCAUGCUGUAAUUUGGGAAGAAUAUUUACCUUGUCUUAACGGUGUGUUUAAGACUGACAACAAACAUCCGCAGAUACCUGAUGACAAACUGUUGUUGUUAGCAUACAGUGGAUUCUCUAUCCGUUUUUGUGAAGGUGUGUGGUGAGCUCAACAUGUGAAUGACCCAUGUCACUGUGGUCCAGGGAAACAGGAGAACUGGAAAGCAACAGCUCCCUCUGGUGGCCAAGCAUCAGUACUGACGAUCACGUGGACAGGAUAUAGCUUCCCCCACAGAUAUUCAACUAGGCUUCAUGGAAUGAGAGGAGUUUGUUUCACAUUUGUUUUUAUUGCAUGGGUCUGGCUCAAAUUAUCAGAAAUUACAACAACUAGCUGAAGAGUUUGUCUAGUGUCACCAUUAUUUGGCAAAUCCAUCAAAUGAACAAAUAGGCAAACUGUUUUACAUACUAUAUAUAAAUGUAUAUAUACACAUUUUACACACAGUAAAACUCAUUCCACCAUAUAUUCUCUUAACUUACUAUAGGUCUAUGCAUCAAAGUAUAAUACUUGACUAAUUCCAAAAACAUUUAGUACAUAGUCAUCUUUGUAGUACAAAGUUCUAGUCCUCCUUGACCAUGUUAACAAAUCCACAGAUGAUGUUAGGAUGAUAUCAUUGAAAUAAGAGGAUGUGUUGGACUUGACUUAAAAGUGAAUUGUCUUGUAUUUUACGUUCCAGCUUUUGAUUUUGCUGAACCGCUCUCCUCCUUCCCUCACUUCUCUACGUGACUCUUUUUUUCUUCUCGGUUUUUUUCCCCUUUUCUUCUUGACUCCUU